AUGACUUGCUACGAAUGCUCGAUGAUCCCCUAUGGCGCCAUAUGCACCAAGUGCCAUCAGAUCCAAACAUCCAGAGCCAUCGCUCUUGCAACUCCUCCCGCAGCCGCCUGGCCCGUCAUAGACCGCCUCGGCGACUGGACGGGAACGAAGAAGUCAGAAGAGGAGCUGCUUCAAAAUCUCGACAUGGAACUAUUUGAGCUAAUCAACGUCCCCCACGAACUCGACGAGUGGGGACGUCGUGUCUAUAACGACUGCGGACAUCGUAUUCUGUAUUACCAAGACUCUGACGGAAACACCGUCAUGGGAUACGAGGCAUGGUACCCCUGCUCUGUCACCGGCGAGUACGAAGAACCCGAUGACUGGCGCACUGGUAGACAGAAUCGCGAUUCCGCAGUCGAUAAGGAUGCCCAGUAUCCAGAAUACGAUGACUGCGGACGUCGUACCCUGUGUUCGGCCGAACCCGAGGGAGACACCGUCACUGGCGGCUACGAGGCUUGCUAUCCAAACUCUGUGCCCGACGAGUACGAAGAGCCAGAAAACUGGCGCACUGGCACACAAGCCUAUGUCCCCAUGAUUGACUUCGAACAGCAACGAUUAGCGGAGUUCCUGGCUGCUCAAGAGGAGGAGCUACCGCAAUUCCAGUCGGAUAGGGAAAGAAUUGCUGCCUGGAUCGCUACUUCUUCCGUCGCUGAUGACGAGGAUGUAUCUGUCUUGGACUGCGAGACAAAAGAGACAGUAUUUCAAUGGUACACUGGUCUCGAGGAUUUUGAGCCUGCCUCUCCUUCACAGGUCGGAGUGCCUUCUUGCUCGGAUGGUACGCCAGAGAAGGGGUACGUUUCGGUCCCGCUUUGUGCUCAGUAA